AGCGCUCGCUGCUCCCAACGUGUUCCGAUUGUGGACCAGAGGCCGUCUGCCCGCCGAAAAUGUCUUUGGUUUGUGCAAUCUCAAACGAGGUACCAGAGCACCCGUGUGUCUCUCCGGUGUCCAACCAAGUAUUUGAACGUCGCCUCAUAGAGAAAUAUAUCGCCGAGAAUGGAGCCGAUCCCAUUAACGGGCAGCCUCUGUCCGAGGAGCAGCUUGUCGACAUCAAAGUCUCCCACCCCAUUCGACCAAAGGCACCAUCUGCCACCAGCAUCCCUGCCAUUCUGAAAUCACUUCAAGAUGAGUGGGAUGCAGUGAUGCUACACAGUUUCACACUGCGCCAGCAGUUGCAAACAACACGCCAGGAGCUGUCACACGCACUCUACCAACAUGAUGCCGCCUGCAGGGUCAUCGCUCGUCUCACUAAAGAAGUCACUGCUGCCAGAGAGGCCUUGGCCACACUAAAACCUCAAGCCGGAUUGGUUGCUCCCCAGGUUGCUCCUGCCUCCCAGCCCGCAGCCGUGGGUGCGGGUGGUGAACCUAUGGAGGUCAGCGAACAGGUGGGAAUGACUCCAGAGAUCAUCCAGAAGCUGCAAGACAAGGCCACUGUCCUGACCACCGAAAGAAAGAAGAGGGGCAAGACGGUGCCAGAAGAGCUGGUCAGAGCCGAGGAUCUCAGCAAGUAUCGCCAAGUGGCUUCCCAUGCUGGUCUGCACAGUGCCAGCAUCCCUGGAAUCCUUGCUCUGGAUAUGUGUCCCACAGACACCAACAAAGUGCUCACAGGUGGUGCAGAUAAGAAUGUGGUGGUGUUUGACCGCCGAGAGGAGCAGAUUGUGGCCACUCUCAAAGGCCACACCAAAAAGGUCACCUCUGUCAUCUACCACCCAUCUCAGUCGCUUGUGUUUUCGGCGUCCCCGGACAGCACCAUCCGUGUGUGGUCACUCGCAACAGGAAACUGUGUGCAGGUGGUUAGAGCACAUGAAGCAGGAGUUACUGGCCUCUCCCUGCAUGCUACUGGAGAUUACCUGCUCAGUUCCUCUGAGGAUCAGUACUGGGCCUUCUCUGAUAUCCAAACUGGUCGUGUUCUCACCAAAGUCACUGAUGAGACAGCAGGAUGUGCUCUGACCUGUGCUCAGUUCCACCCUGACGGCCUGAUUUUCGGCACUGGUACGGCAGACUCGCAGAUUAAGAUUUGGGAUCUGAAGGAGCGCACCAAUGUGGCCAACUUCCCUGGUCACUCUGGCCCAGUCACUGCCAUCGCCUUCUCAGAGAAUGGAUACUACCUUGCUACUGGUGCUCAGGAUAGCUCUCUGAAGCUGUGGGAUCUGAGGAAGCUGAAGAACUUCAAGACAAUUACUUUGGAUAAUAACUAUGAGGUGAAGUCUCUGGUGUUUGAUCAGAGUGGAACAUAUCUGGCUGUUGGAGGGUCUGAUAUUCGAGUCUACAUUUGCAAACAGUGGUCUGAGGUUCUGAACUUCACCGAUCACACAGGUUUGGUGACGGGUGUGGCGUUUGGUGAGCAUGCUCAGUUCCUGUCCUCUGCUGGUAUGGACAGAAGCCUCAAGUUCUACAGCCUGUAGGACACAAGAGGAACUAAUGAAAUGAGAAGUUAAAUGAGAGAAAUAGGAGUUAUGUUCUAGUCCAUUCUGAUCCAUUCUAGUGUGUAAGGAAGAAGCCCAGAGCAGUAGAAACCCAUCCACAUAAUGCAAACAGGAAGGACCGUGAUUAUUUUUCUCCAGUAUCUAACUUGCAGAUGAAGCUGGAUACUGAAUGACUUACAUAUACAGUACCCUGUAGUGAUAAGUGUACUUGGUGAACACGUUUCUCUACCGUUUGGUAAUCAAUCGUAUGACCAUUUCCUCAUGAGAACGUCUGCUUAAAGGUUUUUAGUAGCUCUAAAUGAUUUUGCUCUUUUGUCAACCUUUUUGUUUUCCUGCUCUGUACUUGUAGAGCUCCCUUUUCCUUUCUGGCUUAGUGGUGUUGCUGUUAGUCUGUUGUGCCUAAUUUUUGUACCCUGCCAUGAGCUGAAAACAGAAGUUAAUGCAAAUUAGAUUUCAAUAAAGACUUGAUGUUUUUAA